GGUAGGUGAGCUUUAGAUAGCUGAGAUAAAGACAAUGACAAAUGAGACCACUCCAUUUGUGACAGUGCUAAUCCUUGUUUUUUGCAGCAUAUAGCUUGGUCUGACUAAACAUGGGUUUUUUUUUUAACCUGCCCAGAUAAACUUCUCUAUCAUUCCACCUGUACUGAUAAAGAAGAUAAACAGGACUAAAAAAUAUUUUUUCUUAUGCAUAUAUUUAUAUACUAGUUAUAUAAAGAAUGUUUUUUGCACAAAUCAGCAUGUGCAAAGUUGCAGGCUGUGCUGAUCACUUUUUUAAUUAGAUCACACAGUGUUCCUUUUGUGCUCAUGUAACCGUUGGACUUAGUUGUGAUAAGAUAGUGAACUUUCUAAAAAGGAUAAUAUAAGAAAGCACCUCUUUAGAUGUUGUGGGUGUGCAUAGUGAGGUCCAGUCAAGGUGUGGGUGUUUUUAAUCUUUCCCUUAGUCUCACUUUACAUCCCAUUUCUUUCCUCCCUUUAUCUUAGGUUAUCUCUCUAAGCUCUGUUAUACAAUCGUUCAGCUCCAACCUCUCCCUCACCUCUCUUAUCGUCAAAGUGGGAGUCUCAGGGGCUGAGAAAGUAAGCAGAAGUGAGUUCAUCCCUAUCAGACCCUGUGUUCAUAAGCCUGACUUCGCAUCAGAAAUAAACAUGUUUACAGCCUGGUGCAAAACAAACAUUUUCAGUCUCUAGAGCUAAUUCAUCCCUUUACGUCAACUGUAGGUGAUUUUUGUGUAGGUCUCUUGCUGAAUGAAUGGUUUAUAAAGCAUCUCAUUGUUGGUUAAUUGGGUAAUGACUAUUAAGUUUAAUCAGCAACAAAUGUAACAUUUGUUCAUGAUGCUUGUGAUGAAGGUUUACAGAAAAAAAAAAAAAACAUACAGCUGAGCCCUCAAAGAAGGUUCAGGUUCCACUAAUGAGAAGUUAUUUUACUAUAAAGUAAAAUGUGUUUCCAUCCUAAUUGAAAGGGUUUCUUUUGUUUUACCAACAGUCUUAAGGUAGCCUGUCCCAUUUAUGCAAGAGGUCCAGUAACUCCCAAAGUGGUUUAUGGUCUAUUAGUGGGCUAUGAAUCCACUGCAGGCCGGCCACUAGAGGCCAUGAUCAAAUAUUUACUUUAAUAAGUAAUUGGAACUCAAGAAACGUCCAACAAGUUAAACUGCAGCAGCCACUUUGGCUGGUAGGUAUCAGGAAUAGUCUCCCGCUUGUCCAUCACUUUAUUUUUUCUCUUUGUUUUCAACUGACCAGCCGUCUCUGAAGCCGCUGCCACUGCCCUGAACGUUAAUGAGCAUGCAUGUGCAAGAACGUGCGCUCAACUUUUACUAACAAUACAACCAGACAGGGACUCCACAGUUCUUUGUUCUUAUUCCUCUUCAGGGAGUGUGUGUGUGUGUGUGUGAGUUUAAGAAUAGUGUAUAUGAAAACAGGCUUUUCUAACUAUGUUUGAAAAGGAGCGGGAACAAUAAUAAUAAUAAUAAGUGUGAAUUUAUCCAAUCCCACCCCAUCUAACAUUAUGAUGAUCUUUUUACACAGUAGAAUUUUAAACUUUUUAAAAAAUAAAUACGUAAAAAUUAAAGCUGGCGUGCAAUAACACUAAAUAGAAAAAAAUUGAUUAUUGGCCUCAAAUGCAAUAAAAGAAGGAAGCACAUAUAUGUGUGUUCAAUUGUAGGGAGUAAAAGGUUAAAAAAUGAAAAUGAAAAUAAAAAAUAAAUAAAUAAGUGAUUACCACAUUAAAAACUUAUCUGAAAAAUAAAUAUUAGAAGAUUUACUGCUUUCAAAUUGUGAUAAAAGGCUCUCACGUGCCUUUUUGACACUCUCGGGCCUCCAUACCACGAAUAUUAUACCUGCUUACAAAGUCAAAAACAAAUCCUCCAGACACACCGACGUCGUUUUUUUGUUUUUUUUUUGUUUUGGAUCGAUGAAUAGGUCACACGUUAUCUUUACCACAGGAGAUAAAACAACAUACAUUGUUAUUAAAAAAAAAAAUGUCGCAAUAAAGAAAGUAAAAACAAAGGAACAGAGAUACUGUAAAGACACACUUGGCGUUUGUGAGAAAGUCUACUUGGCUCCCUCCUCCUCCUCCUCCUCCUCGUGCCUCCCGGGGUUGCGGAGCUCCUUCAGAGUGUUUACAGUCAUGAAGCGGUGACAGAGGAGCGCAGACCGACUGCAGCCUGAUGUAAGUCCACACACACUUUAUAUACUUCUUCAAUGACUUUGCACAGAUAACACGUUUUUGUAAUUAUCUCUCUUUGACGACGUCGCAUUCCCUGCCUUCUUCUCUUUGUCGACAUAUAUUUUCAUUUUUUAAAGAAAUAAUUACGGGUAAUAAACUCCCUAAAUUAUAUUUAAUACACUGUAGAAAACUCAAGAUUAUUUUCUGGGUACAUCCAUGACAUUUUACCCAUACUGCACCAUGACAUAUAUGUUGGAAGCCUUGGCGUUGAAAAUAUUACAAAAUAAAAGCACAGAGAAAAUGCGCAUGUGGACGCUGUUUAACUGCAAAUAGAGAGAAGAGUCUAACUUCAGAUGCAGUUAAUUUGUACAGCAGCAAACCAAUUUUAAUGUUUUGGAUUUCAGGUGAAAACAUUUUUCUGGCCAUUUUUUCUUUCUUUUUUUUUUUUGAAAGAACUCUUACACACUCUAAGAGUUGCACCCUUUUCAGUGAAUCUUUGUAAACUCUGCUGGCUCACUGCCAGUUUACUUUGCAGUAGGAGGAAAACUCUCUGAUGAUGACGCAGAUGUGCUGUCAAACAACACACACACAAAUGCAAACUUUACAACCUGUAUGUUUGUAGAGAUAACUGUUUUUGUUUGAGCAACAGAUGACAAAGCAAAAAAGCUGCCAGACACCUUUGGACAAGUUUCAGCAGCACUCAGAUGAUUGUUUUUCAUAUUACCUCUCUUUUAAAGUUGUAAAGAAAAAAAAAAUCAGGUUCUGCUAUUGUUUUAGUCUAACUGAAGGUUUGCUUCCUUGUGACUGAAGCCUGAGCUCUUUCUCACCUACUUAUUAACACAACUUGUUUGUCAGGAUUCUCCAGGCUUUCUCCUGAUGAUGGGUUGCUGUAAUGGCCCAAUUCAGGUCAAGAACCUGAAAUGCAAAGAGGCAGCACAGCUGGUGUGAAGCCCUGAGCUUUUCAAAUGGAAACACCUACUGCUCCACUGCUGCUGGUUCGCAAUAACACGCCCCUUCAGAUGCGUUCAGUGGAGGACAGUGACUGAGCAGGAGGAGGAGGAAGAGGGUGGAAGCAGAAAGAGGAGGAGGACCUUUGAGUUUCCUGAAAACCUUUCAGCCAGCCCAGCGAGUGAAAACAUGUUGUACAUUUAGAGACAAAAGAAGAACUCAGAAGACUGGAUUUUGGACUUCCAGCGUCCCUAAGAGAGGGAGCUUGUGAUUGGCUGGAGCGAUGGCAGUCACUGAGAAGCAGAAGCUGAAGGGAGGCAGAGGGGCGGAGGGGGUCUCGACUCCGCCAGAGGGAGGCUGGGGUUGGAUGAUCGUCGCUGGCUGUUUCCUCGCCACCAUCUGCAUCCGGGCAGUGACCAGAUGUGUCUCCAUGUUCUUUGUGGAGUUCCAGCUGCACUUUAAGAAGGAUUAUUCCACCACCGCCUGGAUCCACAGUCUCAUUGACUCCGUCACUUUCCUCUGUGCUCCUCUGGGGGGUUUCCUCGGGAACCGUCUCUCCUGCAGAGCUACAGUGAUGCUCGGAGGGCUGCUGUCUUUUGCUGGCCUUGUCCUCGGCUCCUUCGCUUCAAGCCUGGAACAUCUCUACAUCUGCAUGGGCAUCCUCACAGGUCUUGGCUUUGCUCUCAGCUACACACCAGCCUUAGCGAUGGUUGGGAGGUACUUCAAUGAGAGGAAAGCUCUGGCCUAUGGCAUCGCCCUGUCUGGAAGUGGCAUUGGGACCUUCAUCCUGGCUCCGGCAGUACAGCUGCUGAUAGAGAAUUACUCCUGGAGAGGAGCGCUGCUCAUCCUGGGAGGAUUUGUUUCCAACCUGUGUGUCUGUGGUGCCCUGAUGAGGCCGCUGGAACCAAGACGAAAGGAAAGGAUAUGGGAGAACAAUAUGGCGAUCCUGGAGAGAGACUGCAUGACGACAGCUCUGGAUUCCAAAGAAACGGAACAAUUGCAUGAUGACUGCAGCCAAGUGGAGCCAAAGCAGCUGGGAAUAAACCACCUCCAGGAUACUCAAGGGCUACUCAUCGCCAGUGGAGCGCUCAAAAAGUUUGAACUUGAAAACAACAAACUCGGUCAGGGGAGCAUUGCGCUGCUGUCAAGUCCGAGCCUGCCUGAUCAGAAGAUAGCUGAAUGCAUUUUAUUUAGCAACAAGCUAACGAUAAAAAUGCUCGGGGAGACUGAACUCUCAGAUCCUGAGCUAGAAGAUGGUAGCAUAAAUCAAAACUUGAAACUGGUGGAAAGCAUGGACUCGAACAACAAGGAAGCAGGCAUGGGUGCAAAGAUAGCAGACUCAGGACUCACCGAAGCCAAACUAACAGAUGCCUAUCGUGUAGAUAAAACUGUUAGCCCUCCAGAGCCAUUAGAAGCUCCAUCCGGAGGUUGUUUUUGUCUCCAGUCCAAGGAGGAGUUUGGAUUUCUCCUGUUACCCGACUUCCUGAUUCUGUCCGUGUCCAUCCUGUUUAUGGCGUAUGGCUGCAGUGCUCCGGUCGUUUACCUGGUUCCUUACGCGCUCAGUGUAGGGGUGCCGCAUCAGCAGGCCGCCUUCCUCAUGUCCAUAUUUGGAGUUACCAGUAUUGUGGGUAACAUCACCUUCGGAUGGAUCACAGACAGGAAGUGUCUGAAGAAGUAUCGCAUGCUCAGCUACAUGCUGGCGGUAUGCAUGGAAGGCCUCUGCUGUAUGUUCAUUCCCACCCUUCACUCCUUCCCCCUCCUGGUCCCAUUGGCUGUGCUCUAUGGGUACUUUGAUGGAGCGUACGUAGCACUCAUCCCAGUGGUGACGUCCGAUAUCGUGGGCUCCACCUACCUGACCUCUGCCCUGGGUGUGGUCUACUUCAUUCAUGGAAUCCCCUACCUGAUCAGCCCACCAAUUGGCGGCUGGUUAGUAGACAUGACGGGAAACUACAAAGCAACCUUCUUCCUCAGCGGGGCAUCCUUCAUGUUCAGCUCUGUGGUCCUUACAGUGGGCAUGUUAGUCAGACAUUGCCGGAGGUCCAAGUCUAACUCAGCCACACAUUUAAGUCCCGGUCACAUCACUGCAGGUCAGCGGGGCUUAAUAUGACAAUGCCAGUCAAGGUGCUACUCAGCCUGCCAGAUGUGCCCUGCACCACUGCUGGUAUGUGGUAUUAGAAAUAAUAUAGUAAAGGCGAUGUGUUUGGACGUAUACACUGAGCCCACUCAUGCUCAAUAAGAGCAGAGCCCAGAAGAUCCAAAGCUGUCUGAGCCUGUGCCUUUUUCUUUUUUAAAAGAGCAACAUUUCUAUGAAACACACAAGUUGCUGUAAUGACUUGCUACUUUUCCUAUAGGAGUUUUCUGUUUGAGGUUGAGGGUCGAUAUCUUUGUUUUUAAAAACCAAAGGGCUGUCACUGAAUUGAAACAUGUUGCCUGUAACAUUCACAUGCUUUUGUUAUGCUUUCAGGCAAUACUGAGAUGUAAAUACUGUUCAUACCAGUUCAUUUUAGAUUUUAACAUGUUGCUAUUUUGAGAAGUGGAAUAAUGUGUUUAUUUUGAACGUGUCAUGAACAUGUUAAAGAACAACAACGUUUAUUUAAUGAUGA